AUGCGACAUGCGACUGAUCGCAGGUCGCAGGUUGUUGUUCGUUUUGCUGUCGCACAUAUCCGUUCGAUACUGGAUGAUGUUCUUUCUCUCUUCUCUGAGGAGUCAAGGAACAAAGGCAUUGAGCUUGCGGUUUUCGUUUCAGACAAGGUACCUGAGAUAGUCAAAGGAGAUUCAGGGAGAUUCAGACAGAUCAUCAUAAACCUCGUUGGAAACUCUGUUAAAUUCACAGAGAAAGGACAUAUCUUUGUCAAAGUCCAUCUCGCGGAACAAUCAAAAGACGGAGCUGAAUCCAAACCCGCAUUGAACGGAGGAGUAGCCUCUGAAGACAUAACCGCCGCUUCCAACCCGUCGAGUUACAACACACUGAGCGGUUACGAAGCUGCUGACGGUCGAAACAGCUGGGACUCAUUCAAACACUUAGUCUCGUCGGAGGAGCUGUUGACAUCAUCAGAGUUCGACGCUUCCAGUAACGUCAGGCUUAUGGUUUCUAUCGAAGACACAGGCAUUGGAAUCCCUUUAACCGCGCAAGGACGUGUCUUCAUGCCGUUUAUGCAAGCGGAUAGCUCCACUUCGAGAACUUACGGAGGUACUGGGAUUGGUUUGAGUAUAAGCAAGUGUCUCGUCGAGCUUAUGCGCGGUCAGAUAAGUUUCGUGAGCAGGCCUCGCGUUGGAAGCACGUUCUGGUUCACCGCUGUGUUUGAGAGGUGUGAUAAAUGUAGUCUGAAGAAGCCUACGGUUGAGAAUUUGCCUUCUAGUUUUAGAGGGAUGAGAGCUAUUGUUGUUGAUGCUAAGCCUGUUCGAGCUGCGGUGACUAGGUACCAUAUGAAAAGACUUGGGAUCAGUGUUGAUGUCAUGACAAGUCUCAGAACCGCUGUUUCUACUGCGUCUGGAAGAAACGGUUCUCCUCUUCCUUCAGGAACAACGAAACUGGAUAUGAUCUUGGUGGAGAAAGAUUCAUGGAUAUCAACCGAAGAUAUAGACGCGGAGAUACGUCAGAUGAACUCAAGAACCAACGGAAACGUGCAUCGCAAGACACCGAAACUCGCUCUGUUCGCAACGAACAUUACGAAUUCAGAAUUCGACAGAGCUAAAUCAGCAGGGUUUGCGGAUACGGUGAUAAUGAAGCCGUUGAGAGCAAGCAUGAUCGGCGCGUGUUUACAGCAAGUUCUCGAGCUGAGAAAGGCGAGACAGCAGCAUCCUGAGGGAUCAUCACCAGCAACGCUCAAGAGUUUGCUUACAGGGAAGAAGAUUCUGGUGGUUGAUGAUAAUAUGGUGAACAGAAGAGUAGCUGCAGGAGCUCUGAAGAAGUUUGGAGCAGAGGUGGUGUGUGCAGAGAGUGGUCAAGUUGCUUUGGGUUUGCUUCAGAUUCCACACAGUUUCGAUGCUUGCUUCAUGGAUAUUCAAAUGCCUCAGAUGGACGGGUUUGAAGCGACUCGUCAGAUAAGGAUGAUGGAGAAGGAAGCUAAAGAGAAGACGAAGCUGGAAUGGCAUUUACCGAUUCUAGCCAUGACAGCUGAUGUGAUCCACGCGACAUACGAGGAGUGUCUGAAAAGUGGAAUGGAUGGUUAUGUCUCUAAACCAUUUGAAGAAGAGAAUCUCUACAAGUCUGUUGCCAAAUCAUUCAAAGCUAACCCAAUCUCUGAUUCGUCAUGUAGCCAAAGUUGAAGAAGAAGAAGAAGAAACAUCGUGUCAGAAAAAGAAACAUGCAACAUGGUUGGUUCGUGUGUACAUAUAGGGCUCGGAGAUUUUGAGACUUUGCUUUUGACCAGUAAUAGUAAUGUUUGUGAAACGACGGUUCAGGUGUUGAUAUUAAUCCUUACCGGAGUUCGAUUUGUACCCAAUCCUUCUGUUUUUUAUUUUAUUUUAAGACAUACUAAUAAAUAUCGAUUCAUUCGA